AUGAGACUCCGGCUGAACUCGAUAUCUGGAAAGGCAAAGCUUCCUGACAAAAAAGUAGUGUCCUUGGUGUCUACUAUUCUGUCGCCAUUUUUGGUACCAUGGAAGCGACGACUCGAGACUCUCGCCGUUAUGGGUUUCAUUUUCAUGUGGGUAAUCUUGCCGAUCAUGGACCUCUGGGUUCCCUUCCAUGUCCUGUUCAAUACUCGAUGGUGGUUCCUGGUUCCGCUCUAUGCCGUCUGGUUUUACUACGAUUUCGAUACUCCGAAAAAAGCUUCACGAAGAUGGAAUUGGGCCAGGAGGCACGUCUUCUGGAAAUAUUUCGCCAACUACUUCCCUCUUCGAUUGAUUAAAACCGCCGAGUUGCCACCGGAUCGUAACUACAUCAUCGGAUCCCACCCGCAUGGAAUGUUCUCAGUUGGCGGUUUCACGGCUAUGAGCACAAAUGCAACAGGAUUCGAAGACAAGUUUCCUGGUAUCAAAUCGCAUAUUAUGACACUCAAUGGGCAAUUCUACUUCCCAUUUCGACGGGAAUUUGGAAUCGUUCUUGGUGGUAUUGAAGUAUCGAAAGAAUCACUUGAAUACACCCUCACGAAAUGCGGUAAAGGACGGGCGUGUGCGAUUGUGGUCGGUGGGGCAACAGAAGCUCUAGAUGCUCAUCCAAACAAAAACAUAUUGACGAUAAAAAACAGACGUGGUUUCUGCAGAUAUGCUCUGAAAUAUGGAGCAGACCUUGUUCCCAUGUACAACUUUGGAGAGAACGAUCUGUACGAACAGUAUGAAAAUCCGAAAGGUUCGCGGCUCAGAGCUGUUCAGGAGAAAAUCAAGGAUAUAUUUGGACUAUGUCCACCCUUGCUGCGAGGUCGAUCGAUUUUCAACCAGUACAUCAUUGGAUUGCUUCCGUUCCGAAAGCCAGUCACGACUGUCAUCGGCAAACCCAUUCGAGUGACUCAAACAGACGAACCUACAAAUGAGCAAGUCGACGAGCUUCAUGCAAAGUAUUGUGAAACUCUUUACGAUUUGUUCGAGGAAUAUAAGCAUCUUCAUUCUAUUCCUCCCGAUACUCACCUAAUUUUCCAGUGA